UUGUUGUUCAUAGGACAUUUUACAAAAAAGCUAUUACAAAAACACCGCUCAUCAAACAAGAAAACCUGCACUUUCCCCACGGUCCCUUACUUGCGGCUCCGCCAAGAGAGCGCUUUCCAGCACAAUUGAGAUUGCGACGGCUUCUGCGACGGCUUCUGCGGGUCAGUGGUUAUUAUAUCGACAGAAACCAUUGUUAACGAAGGUUGUGAAACAUUAUCAGCUUUGCUCUUUUCAUAAAUAUGUUUUAUUUUGGGCUAAUUGCCGUUCAGUACCGAAUGUGUCACGAAUAUCCACAACAAAACUAACUAACUCAGCUUCCCUCCUCCGCCAUGAUGAUAGGAUGAAUAAGCGGAUUCCUCUCCACACCGAUCAUCAAACGGAUUAAUAUAAGUAUCAGUUGUGGAGAUCAGAUUGAUCAGAUUCACCUCUGCAGCUACAUCAUGGAUCAAACACAAACAUCAACACAUGAAGAUUUUUCUCCAGGAUGCAGUUCAGAUCAUCAGAAGAGAUCAGAUCCAGAGUUCAGUUGUGUGUCUAUGAAGAGUGAUGUGUCUAUGCCUCAUCCAUUGAACUUUAAGAAUGAAUCAACAUCUCCUGCUGUCAGUUCAGAUCAUCAGAAGAGAUCAGAUUCAGAGUUCAGUUGUGUGUCUAUGAAGAGUGAUGUGUCUAUGCCUCAUCCAUUGAACUUUAAGAAUGAAUCAACAUCUCCUGCUGUCAGUUCAGAUCAUCAGAAGAGAUCAGAUUCAGAGUUCAGUUGUGUGUCUAUGAAGAGUGAUCGGUCGAUGGGUCAUCCAUUAAAGUUUAAGAAUGAAGAGACUAGACUCUCACACAGACGAAUCAGAACAGAAUCUGACCGUCAGAGGAGGAAGAUUGAGCAAUCUGAGAAUCAACUACAAGACUUCAAUGAAAACAUGAAUCCUCGUCUUACAAACUCUCUAACUUCACAAAGGACGAGGACACAAGAUUACAAAAACAGAAAUAUUUAUAAUGCAGACGCUGAGGAAGGAUUACAUUCAGGAACAAACAACAAAGACCGACAAAGAUUAAGACACACAAGAGCAAAAUAUACUAACAAACACAGUCAUGACUCUGAUCCUGCUGAUGUCCUGAACACAUUCAGAUCAAAUCUGAGGAAGAAGUUUGAGUGUUUGUAUGAGGUAACAUCAAAUAAGAGAAACCCAACACUACUGAAUGAGAUCUACACAGAGCUCUACAUCACAGAGAGUGAAAGUGGAGAGAUCAGUAAUGAACAUGAGGUGAGACAGAUUGAGACACAAUCCAGAAGAACAACAACAGAGGAGACACCAAUCAAAUGUAAUGACAUCUUUAAACCUUUACCUGAACAAGACAAACACAUCAGAAGUGUGCUGACAAAGGGAGUCGCUGGCAUUGGAAAAACAGUCUCUGUACAGAAGUUCAUUCUGGACUGGGCUGAAGAGAAAGAGAAUCAGGACGUCCACCUCAUAUUUCCACUUCCUUUCAGAGAGAUCAAUUUGAUGAAGAACAAAACACUCAGUCUUUUAGAUCUUAUUCAUCUUUUCUUCCCACAAACAAAAGAAAUGGAAAUCUUCAGUGAUGAAUAUAAAGUGUUGUUCAUCUUUGAUGGUUUGGAUGAGUGUCGUCUGUCUCUGGAUUUUCACAGCAGUGUGAGGUUGUGUGAUGUAAGUAAAUCAACCUCAGUGGACGUGAUGCUGACAAACCUCAUCAAGGGGAAUCUGUUUCCCUCUGCUCUCAUCUGGAUCACCUCCAGACCAGCAGCAGCUGAUCUCAUUCCCUCUGAGUGUGUUGAUCGAGUCACAGAGGUACGAGGCUUCACUGAUCCACAGAAGGAGAAAUACUUCAGGAAGAGAAUCAGUGAUGAGAGUCUGUCUGAUCAAAUCAUCUCACACCUGAAGUCAUCCAAGAGUCUCUACAUCAUGUGUCACAUCCCAGUCUUCUGCUGGAUUUCAGUCACUGUUCUAGAGAGAAUGUUGAGUGAAGCAGAGAGAAGAGAGAUCCCCAAGACUCUCACUCAAAUGUACACACACUUCCUGAUCAUUCAGACAAACAUCAAACAUCAGAAGGACUAUGAGAAGAAAGAUGAAGACAUGAUCUUCAAACUGGGGAAACUGGCUUUUGAGCAGCUUGUAAAAGGCAAUCUGAUCUUCUAUGAUGAAGACCUGAGAGAGUGUGGCAUUGAUGUAGCAGAAGCAUCAGUGUACUCAGGAUUGUGUACUCAGAUCUUCAGAGAGGAGUUUGGUUUGUAUCAGGGGAAAGUUUACUGCUUUGUUCAUCUCAGCAUCCAGGAACAUCUAGCAGCUCUUUAUGCUCACAUCUCCAUCACAAACAACAAAAGAAAUGUUUUUAAUCCUAAACCAGGUUGGUUUUCUAACAUUUUGGGCAAAUUUAAACAUAAAUCAUCAGAACAGGAUUCAUUAUCUGAGUUCCAUCAGCGAGCUGUAAAUGAAUCUUUAAAGAGUAAGAAUGGACAUCUGGAUCUUUUCCUGCGUUUUCUUCUGGGUCUUUCACUGAAGUCCAAUCAGAUUCUCUUACAAGAUCUACUGACACAGAUGAGAAGAUGCUCCUCCAUGGAAUGGGAAACUGUUGAGUACAUUAAAGAUAAGAUGAAUGAGAAUCUGUCUCCAGAGAAAUCCAUCAAUCUGAUUCACUGUCUGAAUGAACUGGGUGAUGAUUCACUGCUGCAGGAGAUUCAACAUUAUGUAAAAUCUUCAUCAGUAGGAUGGACCAAACUCUCCUCUUCACAGUGGGCAGCUUUAGUUUUUGUGUUGUUGACAUCUGAGCAGCAUUUGGAUGAACUUAAUCUAAAACCAUUUAUUGGAGAUAAAAAUACAGCAGAUGAAGUUCUUGUGAGAUUGCAGCUUGUGAUUAAAGAAACCAAGAAACUCAAGUAA